CCGGCCACCACCCCAAAUCACCCAAAUCCGCCGCCCCAAGCUCAAAUUUUCACUAAAAGUUUCGGUUUUACAUCAAACAUCACCUCUAGAGGCUUCUUCAUCACUCUUUGAGCAUCAAUUCAAGGUUCCAUGGCUCCUAAACGAUGAAAUGAUGCUACUUCUUCCUCUUCAUCCGUACCACGUUUCACCUCCCCGGAGAAUGAGGCUUGGUACGAUCAAAGGAAGAAGUGGAAAAUUGUGAUUGAAAAGACCGUGCACCCGGAGAUCGAAGCUCUCUAUCAACUCUCCGACGCUUUUAACAAAUUGGGAUGGGCCGUCAUGCUCACUCUGACUGGGGCAUUCUACCCGACGCUUGUACGGGAGUUCUAUGCCAAUAUUGAGAGGAAAAUGGACCCGUAUGGGGAUAUUGUGAGCACUGUUAAAGGCACAAAAAUCACCAUUAGCAAACAAAGAUUGUGCAACUUGCUUCGUAUCCCCAACGUUGGUCGUCCGGUUGAAAUGAACUCUGUAGUGGUGCUCACCGACCCCGCCUACAACGAGAUUGAUGUCAUGAACGACUAUGGUUUCGAUGAGGAGCUUAAGGCCCGUGUUCUUGAACCCCGAGAGAGACUAAUUGCAUACCUUUUGAGUUUCAACAUCUUGCCAAGAGCUAGUGACAC